AUGUCUGCAUCUCCUAUAAAUGGUUCUUCGUUCAUCUCAUCUCUUGGUGCUGUGUUCGACUUCGCCACUAAAGAUAUUCAUAAUAAGCUCGCCAUAAUCGAUGAACAUUUGAGUUUGGACUCAGUAAAUUAUGCAACAAUUCAGAAAAUGGUCGAAUUUGAAAUGAGAACGGGCAGGUACAAAACAAAACAAAAACAUUUAGAACCAGGAAAGCCAUUGCCAAAUGGGUGUCGAACCGUACUGCGUUUACAUAGGGCUCUCAACUUUAUCAAAUUGCUUCUAGAUGAAACUCGACGAGCACCCAUUGAUGCGGAUAUGGAUACAAUAGCAUGGAAUGCAUACCAAGAAACGCUUGGAACGCAUCAUCCUUGGAUCAUCCAGAAAACGGUCCAUGCGGCAAUUAAGCUGACGGCACCCAGUCGUGAGAUGUUCAUUGAAAAACUGUUGCAAGACCGAAAAAUGGAUGAACUUGUGAUGAUACUUGCAGAUUUGGUACAAGCAUGCGACACAAUUGACAAAACGACGGAAGAUCUAUUUAAAACGAACAAUCUGCUGAACCUAGUAUGA